GUGCUAGCAAUAUGAUACGUUUCAAGAAAGAAGGUUGUAGCAGUAAAGUGUGGAGGCAAAUACAAAAUUUUUGUCGGGAAACCACUAUUCAUGGUUUAAAUAUAGUUGGAAUGCCAAAUUUACAUCCCAUUGAACGAUUAUUUUGGCUAUUGAUAGUCGGCACAUCGGCAGCAGGUGCCAUAGCCUUAACAAUUUCCAACUGGAACAGAUUCGUUGCCAAUCCAACAGUUAUAUCAAUUGAGAAAGACUACAGAAACUGGCAAAAUCAUAUUCCAGCAGUAACUGGAUGCUUCAAUAAUAAAGUUGAUCUGCAAAAGGCCGAGAAAUACAUUUAUAAAAAAUGGAAAAUUAAACCCUCUGAUCCAAAAUUUGAAUACUAUUUGGAAUUUGUAACGGCAGUAACCAACGCUACGUAUAUAAAUUUCCAUAAUUUUGAAAAAUUUGGCAAUGAUGCUACCCUAAUGGAUAUUGAUAUGGCACAACUGGCUUUGAACGUUCAUCCCACCAUUACCGGAUUAUUAUUAACAGUGGACAAAUCGCGCGAAUUUAAAUGGAAUUUAAUUUUAUCGGAACUCGGCAUUUGCUUUACAUUUUUUGCUAAAUUUGCUAGAUUACUCUCAAUCAAAAAUAAAGAAAAUUCAACAGAAAGUGAGCAAAUAGAUGAUACUUUGUUGUUUUGUCAUUAUUUAAACGGCUUGUGUUACGCCAGAUUUGAUUCAGAUCCAACGCUUCCUAUAAAGUACUACGUCCAUUCCUACAUAGAGGUGCCGGAAAUUUCUUCCAAACAGCACCACGAGCUCGGAAAAGGUUCAGAUAUGGAAAUAGACUAUAGGGUGAUUGAAACUCAGUCGUCUCCUGAGAUAAAGUACCUCGCACCAAGUCAAAGGAAAUGCAGAUUUGACGAUGAGCCAAUCAGGAAAGAUGUACCAGUUUAUAGCAUUAGUAUCUGCCAAAUGGGAUGUCGAAACAAUUUGGCUAUGAAAUUUUGUGGAUGUAAACCUUACUUUUAUCACAUCUUUGGUGGAAUCCCUUGCAAUAUUAGCGGACUUCUUUGCCUAUCCCAAUACAGUGCUUUUCUAACAAUGACUCCGUCUAAAAUGGGUUGCAAGUGUCCUCAAACUUGUCAUUUUAUAAAUUAUCUACCAGAAACUCCAAAAGUAGUUUUGUGGGAUAGCGGUGCAUACUUUGAUCAAAGAACUACUUUUCGUUGGGGACUGCUCCAUCCUACCACUAAGUAUCGUAGGGACAUACUUUUUGGUUUUGGUGAUUUAAUAGUUUCAUUUGGAGGGACAUUAAAUUUAUUCGUAGGAGUAAGUUUCAUAAGUAUUACUGAAGCAGUAUAUCUAAUCAUUGAAGGUGUUUUCAACAUGUUUAAAGAUGAAUUUAUACAAACCAGGAACAGGCGAAUAAUUAAUAAAAUGAAAAAAAGAAGAAUCCAUCCCUUUAUGAACACAAUGUACUAAAAUUAACUAUUUUACAUAAUAGGCUUUGAAAUAAAAAUGUAUAUUUCAGCACUUAAGUAUAGGCAACCAACAAGAACCUUAAUGCAAAAUGUAAUGCCAGUGAGAUAAGGAAAAUGAUUUUAAAAUGCACUAAAUCUCCAGGCUGGAACAUUAAAUAUUAAGAUAAUUAUUAUUGAUCUACUAAGAAAAUUAACCAUCUAAAAAAUCAGUAAAAAUCUUAUUAUGUACCUAUAUAAAAAA